AUGGGCCAAACCUCGGCAGAAGGUAAUCUCGAUGACUCAACACUAGCGCUCCUCAUCGAGAUGAUUGACGAGCAUAAUUGUUUAGCUAAGAUUUUCCGACGUGCACGAGACCACUACGAAAACGUCGGAUCAGAGUUUGCUAUUAGGUUACUCCCAGAUAAAGGGAAGGGGAAAGAAUACAAUCUUCCGAGUACAAGCGAGGUGGCAGAGAUCCCCCUACUUCUUGAGACAGGCACUUCAAGAACAAGGCAAUUCCUAACUAUACGGCAAUACUACGCCUCUCAGAUUCAAACACGUCCUAACCAAGGGAUGACGUUGAUUAAAGGAGGUCGUCUCCUCCAUCAAUUUAUUGUGGAUGUUUAUACAACAAUUGAGGAAGAUCGAUUGAGAGAAUAUGGAAAUCCAGAUUUGUUUAUCACGAUGACGGCCAAUCCUAACUGGAGUGAGAUUAAAGAACAUCUUGGGAAAUACGGUGGAGAUUCUCCGAAUGAUAGACCAUACAUCGAAUGUCGAGUCUUUAAGAUGAAGUUAGAUCAACUCCUCAAGGAUUUCAAAGUAGGAACUUUCUUCAAGCCAUACACAGCAGCUCUCCACCAAAUAGAAUUCCAAAAGAGAGGUCUCCCUCAUGCACAUAUAUUACUGUGGAUAGGAAACUCUACCAGAACACCCAGUGCAGAAGAAGUGGAUAAAAUAAUUUCGGCCGAGCUCCCAAACAAAGAGGAAGACCCAGUUGCUUACAGCUUAGUCACAAAACACAUGAUCCAUGGUCCAUGUGGGCUUCUGGAUCCGAAGUCACCGUGUAUGGAAAAUAAUGUUUGCACGAAAAAGUAUCCUCGGCCGUAUAACAACAACACUUCGAUUGACAAAUCCGGGUAUGUGUUAUAUCGUCGACGCCGAAACGACGAUGCGUCUACAGUAAAGGCUGGGGCUGUACUAGACAACACUUUUGUUGUACCUCAUAACAUUAAGCUUCUGAAGAAGUACGAAGCUCAUAUUAAUGUUGAAUGGUGUAAUCGUACAAGCGCGGUGAAAUACUUAUUCAAGUACAUAACCAAGGGCGUUGACCGAGAAACAACUGUUAUUGAGAACGGAAAUACAUCAGCUACAUCUGACGCCACGGGAUCUGGAGGAUCAAAGGAAAAAGUCGUCAGGCAACGCAAUGAGAUCCAAGACUACAUCGAAGCCCGAUAUUUAUCAGCUUGUGAGUCUAUGUGGCGGACUUUCGCAUUCCACAUACACAAAAGAAAGUCAUCAGUUGAGAAGCUUAUCAUUCACUUGGAAGGCGAACAUAAUAUUACGAUUACGGUUAAAUCAACAGAUAACCUCGGCCGUGUAAUCCGCAAACCAGGUAUCGAGAAGACAAUGUUCACUGAAUGGAUGGUUUUAUGCAGAAGGUCAGCGUUUGCGCAGACACUGACAUAUGUGCAGAUUCCUGAAUAUUUUGUAUGGAACAACAGUGCUAAGGUGUGGACUGAACGUAAAAAAGGAAAAACCAUUGGCCGAGUCGUAGCUGUUCAUCCUUCAGCAGGCGAUCGAUACUAUCUGAGGAUCCUCAUUAAUAAGAUUAAGGGUCCUAGAAGUUAUGACGAGCUAAAAACUUACAACGACGUGAAAUACCCUGACUUCAAAUCAGUUUGCCAGGCACGAGGCUAUUUGGAUAAUGAUGUUGAAUGGCUCGAGAGUAUGUCAGAGGGUGCUCGAACGGCCACCCCAUACCAGCUUCGUGAUUUGUUCGUCACAUUCCUAAACAAUUGCUUCGUCGCAAGCCAUAAAGGACUAUGGGAACACUCAUGGAAAUCAAUGAGCGAGGACAUACUUCACAAGAGGCAAAGGAUCUUAGGCCACGCGAAUCUGGAACUGGACGAUAAGACCCUGGAGCAAUACACAUUGAUAGAAGUAGAAAAGUUGAUGCACAUGCAAGAUCGCUCCUUAAAUGAUAUUAAAGAUAUGCCGAAGAUCAACCCUGUUUUGCUCAAAGAAUUGGGGAACAGUCUGUGGAACCAAGAAAUGGAUUACGAUCUUGCUGAGGAAACACUAAGACAUGACAAGCAGUACAACCUACUCAAUGCUGAACAGCUUGCAAUCUAUGGUUCAGUCUUAGACUCUGUUGAUAAAAAAGAGGGAAAAAUUUUCUUCGUAUAUGGCGCAGGAGGCACAGGAAAAACAUUCCUUUACCAGACUAUCAUAUCCAGACUCCGCUCAAGAAAACAAAUUGUUCUACCGGUUGCUUCUUCGGGAAUAGCCACAUUGCUUCUACCAAACGGGAGAACAGCUCACUCUUGCUUCAAUAUUCCGUUGAAGCUCGAGGAAGAUAAGCUCUGCAACAUCAAACCAGGUACAAUGCUGGCUGAACUAAUUGAGGAAACGGACCUCAUAAUUUGGGAUGAGGCACCUAUGACACACAAACAUGCUUUCGAAGCAUUAGACAAGUCGUUGAAGGACAUAAUGUCUAUGAAAAACCCACCCGCAAAGAAUCAGCCUUUUGGCGGCAAGACAGUUAUGUUAGGCGGUGAUUUCAGACAGACCCUACCGGUCAUUCCACAAGGUAGUAGAGCUGAUAGUGUAUUAGCUUCGAUAAGCCAUUCAUAUCUAUGGAAUAGCUGCCACAAGUUCUCUUUGAAGGUAUCAAGAGAUUACUUCAGCUUAGACAGUUUUGAGUUAUCAAAUACUACAUCAGAUCAAAAUGAUACAUUAUACUCUGUUGAGUAUCUCCUAUGCCAGGGUGGUGCAGAUGUCCCUGUAGCUGAGCUGCCUGGAGUGGAGACCCAUCAAUCUGCUGAUGACGGUCAGCUAGCACCAUGGAUAGUGUGGGCGCUUUGGACUGCACGUAACAAAUUGAUUUUCAACAACAAAAUGUACACUGCAGAAGAAGUGAUCACCCACGCAGUGGCGGCAGCUCGUGAAUGGCUCAACGCGCAGAGCAAGGAACAGCGACAUAGCCCACACCCCCAAGCAAGCCGAACAACCUCCCCCCGAGAAGCUGUGAUUCAAACUGAUGCAGCCUGGAAAAUCGACACAAGGACAACAGGACUGGGAUGGUCAAUCAGGAAAACAGGGGAAACCCUGAACUUCCAAUCGGUGAACUGCUUUGUAAGCUCCCCUCUCAUCGCGGAGGGUUUGGCCAUGCGAGAGGCAGUUAAGAAAUGCAAAGAGCUGGGACUCCGGCACAUCAGACUGGAAUCGGAUUCUGCUCAACUUAUUAAAGCUCUACGGUCGAAGUUGGAACCUCCGGAGAUCUACGCGAUCAUCUCAGACAUUAGAAUUAACUGUCUUGCCUUUGAAACUGUUUAUUUUGCUUGGAUUCCUAGAGCAAAAAACUCUGUUGACGAUGGUUUGGCUAAACAGGCUUUGGCUUUGUAUCAAGUGGUUUAA